AUGAAGCUUCAAUUCCUAUUCGCUUACUUAGCCCUAACUCGGCUUACUUCUGGGUACACUACUAGAGUAAGAACUAUCAACACUGAUACAUUUGAGCCUACCUCUACUACCUCUUCCUUCCUGACUACCUCUUCACCCACCACACAAGAGACAACAACAGUUGCAGAAUCUACGCCAUCAACUAUUUCAGCCCCACCGUCUUCAACCAUUACAUCUGCUGUUGAACCUACUACAGCGUAUACCUCCAUUACAACCACGAGCUCCUUGCAGACAACUCUAGCCACCACACAGCUCACCGAAAGUUUCUCUACGGCCACCCCAACAAGCACAAAUGAGGUAGUCACAACUGUGAUUGGCAAGUUAUCAACUAAUACAUAUGUUAUAUCCACCAGCUCAGCUAUUGUGUUGCUCGUGACCCAUACAGAAACACUUACGUAUGUGAACUCUCAGGUUUCCACUUUAACACAAACUAUACCUGGGUCAUCUUUGAUUGUUGAGCCAACAGCGACAUCAGUUUACACAAUUCCUGUGUCCACAACAAGUUUCCUCGGCUAUUUUAAUCACUCCACCAAUAGUAUUGAGUAUGAGACCGUGACAUCCAUCUUUUAUGGUUCUUCCUACUCUCUUUACACAGACUAUAGCGAGCACUACUUUACCACCUACGACACUACAAUUACAGAAACGGUGGUGACAGGAACCUAUAUUGCCUGGGACACCAGAAUUAUCGAAUCAUAUAGCCUGACAACUGGCUACCAGACGCUGGUUUCAACUUUAUAUCCAACCACAGUGGUUUCCACCGUUGCAUCUCCUGCUCCAUCCACUGCUCAGACAACUGCACAACCUAGCGUUGCUCAAUCUACUUCUGCUACCGUUCUGCCUACCAUUACUGAGUCUUCUUACUUUACGGUCACCUCGCUGAUCACUGCUACUGAAAGUUCAUGCCUUGUUUGGGCCAAUAGUGCAUCUUCAUGGACUGUGGGUUCCAUUGAUAUGGGAACUCAGAGCUCGCCCACUGUUCAAGCUUUAGCCAACGAGGCAAGAAAAAUUAAAAAUAUACCCGGGAUGGCUCUUUGGACCACUUUGAUUGCUUGGGUUGCAAUUGCCUUAUUCGUUUAA